AUGCCACGACUUGACGCAGUUUCAAUGGCUCCCAAGAAGUCCGAGAAAGGCUACACCGGCCCGGAGGAUGAACAGCACGGGAAAGACACCAAAAAAGAAGCGAGCAGAAUAUCCAGAGGCCAGGUGGAGGAGACAAGUGCCGAGAUGUCAGUGCGGUUCCUGAUCAAUGAAAGAUUCAAUCGGAAGAUUCCAUAUCACCCGGAGAUGAAGGCAUCCACGUUGUUUUCCUUUUUGGAACGCUAUUUGAAGUCAGAAGGUGUCUAUGCCUGGCGUAAUAAGCCUGGGAUCGGUUUAGAAUGUGAAGGGCCUUGGCUGAUUUUUGGAGGUCGCGCUCUUCUUCCAGACGGUGAAGAGUUCAAUUUCUUCGGCAGGACUGGUCAGAGGCCCACCGGGGAGCCCAUCAAUGGCUACCUGGCCGGUGACCGGACGGUGUCGAGUCUCGGGUUGAGGCCUGACUCGGAGAUUGCCAUUGCGCCCAAAGAUGUGAUGGAUGUCUUCUUUCCCUAUGAAGAUGACGAUGAAGGACAGAUUGCCGGAGAUCGUGCACAAUCUGUUGAAGACCAGAGCAAGAAGUGA